AUGAGUCCAGACAUUAAUAUUUUUAAAUGGCAGAUUGCUAACAGAGAUGCAUUCAAAUAUAAAAUAGGUAUUUUGAAAAAUAUUUGCUUCGAUCCUGUGUAUCACAGCAUUAUUUUAAACGAAAAGGACGAUAUACUACAUGCGAUACUCUAUCCACUUUGUGGCCCUGAAGAAUUUACAGAUGAAGAGAAUGAAAAACUGCCAAUGGAACUACAAUACCUGCCUGAAACAAAAACACGUGAGGAAGAUCCAGAUUUGCGUAAAAUGCUUUUGGAAUCACUGCUGCAGCUGUGCGCAACAAAGCGUUUUCGCGAAGUUUUACGGUCAAAAGGUGUAUAUGAAAUACUGCGUGAAUAUCACAAAUGGGAGGCAAAAUUUGGCAAGGAUAAAGAGUGUUUGUUAGCGUGUGAGAAUGUCGUGGACAUUUUGAUCAAGAAAGAGGAGGAAAUUGGCUUGGACAACUACAAAGAGGUGGAAGUGCCCGAAGAUGUGGCUGAUAAAUUUAUAAAAGAAGAUAGUGAAUAUUUGCAGAAUGUUUUAUAAUGUAAAAUUCGAUAUAAACUGGGAAUUUAUUACGUACAAAAUGUGACAAUUAAAUUUUUAUAAUAUGUACUAAAUAACUGAAGAAAAACUAAUAAUUCUAGCACAAAAGCG